AUGGUUAAGCGCAGCAAGCUCAUGCAGGCCCUCGACGCCCACAAGGGCCGAGACUACGAGGCCGAGAAGCAGAAGAAAAUGAUCAAGACCGCCGAGAAGAAGAAGGCCAGCAAGAAGUCUGCUGCCGCCCCUGAGGAUAAGGUUCCUGAGGGGAAGGAAGAGAAGGAAGAGGCUCAGAGCUCCGAGGCUGAGGAGGACGAAGAAGAAGAAGAAGAGGAAGAGGAAAUGGAAGACGAGGAAGCCGAAGAAGACAUCCCCCUCUCCGACCUUGAAGAAGACGAGCGCGAGGAUGUCGUCCCUCACCAACGCCUGACGAUCAACAACACCGCCGCCAUCAAAUCCUCCCUCAAGCGCAUCUCCUUCAUCUCCGCCCAGACCCCAUUCUCGGAGCACAAUUCGCUAGUGUCGCAAGAGCCCAUUGACAUCGAAGACCCCAAUGACGAUCUGAACCGCGAGUUGGCCUUCUACAAGGUUUGCCAGGCUGCCGCUACCACUGCCCGUGGCCUGCUCAAGAAGGAGGGCAUUCCCUUCACACGACCGGGCGAUUACUUUGCCGAGAUGGUCAAGGAUGACGAGCACAUGGGCAAGAUCAAGAAGAAGCUGUACGAGGAGGCUGCCGGCAAAAAGGCCGCUGCCGAGGCUCGUCGCCAGCGUGAUCUGAAGAAGUUCGGCAAGCAGGUCCAGAACGCCAAGCUGCAGCAGAGAGCCAAGGAGAAGCGCGAGAUGUUGGAGAAGAUCAAUACCCUCAAGAAGAAGCGCAAGGCUGACAGCUCUGCUCCUACCGAUGACGCCAAUGACAUGUUCGACGUUGCCAUUGACGAGGUUGCUCAGAACGAGAAGCGUGGCAAUGGUGAGGGCGGCACUCGCAGCCAGAAGCGCCAGAAGAAGGACGCCAAGUUCGGAUUCGGUGGCAAGAAGCGCCAUGCUAAGAGUGGUGAUGCUACUUCCAGCGGUGACCUGUCCAACUUCUCUGCAAAGAAGAUGAAGGGUGGCGCUAAGCGCCCCGGUAAGAGCAAGAGACACGCUGCGAAGGGUCGCAACUAA